AUGAGUGGCUCGUUCACCCACCAAGCUAUGCCGUCAUUCGACGGUCAGUCUGUUGGCACACCUGUUCAACCUACUCCGCCUUCCCAAAGACCGACGUCGCAGCACCAGCAGAUGGGCUACAAUAAUGUCAAUGGGAACCAGAUGAAUGGCAUGAUGCCCCCACAGCACUACCCGCAGUUCAACGAGCCGCAUUCGGCAUACGCGCCCACGCCGCCUCAGCAGGCGCCCCAUGUUCAGACGCCGUCUUCGUUCUACCUUGAUGGAGUGAAACGUCAGAUCUACACAGCUGUGUAUUCGAAUGUAUCUGUCCUAGAAAUGGAAGUCAAUGGAGUCGCCGUCAUGCGCCGAAGAAACGAUUCCUGGCUCAAUGCCACCCAGAUCCUCAAAGUCGCUGGUGUCGAGAAAGGAAAGCGCACAAAAGUCCUCGAGAAAGAGAUCCUAAGCGGCGAGCACGAGAAGGUUCAAGGUGGCUAUGGCAAAUAUCAAGGGACGUGGAUAAAUUACAAUCGAGGCAGGGAAUUCUGCCGUCAGUUCGGUGUUGAACAGCUACUCCUCCCUCUGCUGGAAUUCGAUAUGACCACUCUGGGUACUCCGGGGCUAGAAACGCCGACCAAAGAGCAAGCACUUGCCGCACAACGACGACGGAUGUACAGCAACGACCCCAACAUGAGCCAGUCUGGGACCUACUUCAAGAACAUGUCAAACACAGCAGCGACAGCUAUCCAGGCGCUCAACCGCACUCGAAUGGACUCUCCAAACCACAUGGAGGGGCGAAGAUCUGCAGGUCCGCGAAGACCAUCACAAUAUGGUCCAGAUGGAGGGUUUCAGAACAGCCAGCAGAGUCUUAACAGCAUGGCUUCACAAGGGAGCUUCGAUGGCGGUGUCAUGAGUCAAGGUGCCAGUUUCGCCGACUUUCCAAAUACUGACGCUCAAGAACCGCCACGAAAGAGGAUGAGGCCAUCGCCACAAAAUUCAUUCAUGGCUGGGUUCGACGGCAAUCUUGAUCUUCCUAUGCACGACGGUACACCGACCGAGCCGAAUCAGUCGUUCUUCUCCCAGCAGAGUCAAUCAUACAUGCUUCCUCGGCCCUUCACAUAUGCCCUAGAAGCACUGCCACAACCGAGAGGACCGCCUGAAGAGCAGAAACAGGAAUGGCUCAUGGCAUUGUUCAUGGAGGCGUCGAAAACAGAAUUUGAUGACGACGCUGCAUUUCUGAAAUUGAGCGGCGAUGAGUUCGAGAUGCCAAUCGAUGCGAAGGGAAAUACUGCACUACAUUGGGCUGCUACACUGGCUCGGAUACCGCUGGUUAAGAAGCUUCUCGAGCGAGGUGUGAAUAUGCGGAGAGGCAACAGCGGAGGUGAGACUGCUCUCAUUGCCGCAUGUCAGGCUCGCAACCACAUGGAUGAGCAUACUUUCCCUCAGCUGCUCGAGCUGCUAGGUCCGAGUAUAGAAGUACGAGACCUUCGAGGGCGGACUUUGUUACAUCACAUUGCAGUGUCGUCGGCAAUGAAAGGGCGAGCUGCGGUUGGGCGUUACUACCUCGAGUCAUUGCUGGAGUAUACUGUCCGACAAGGUAGCGGCAGUCACAGCGGUGUCAAUGGAAACUCGGACAGCGAGCCAAUGACUUUGGCGAGGUUCAUGAAUGAGAUUGUGAACGCACAAGACAAGUCUGGCGAUACUGCCCUGAACCUCGCAGCACGCACGAGUACAAAGACGAUCAUCGAUCAGCUGAUCGAAGUCGGAGCUGAUCCGCAUAUUCCCAACCGCGGCAAUCUUGCACCGGUGGACUUUGGCGUCGGAUCAAGCGCUAAUGGCGUCGCACACCACAGCAACUUCAAUGCGUUCGAUGUGGCCAUUGCAGAGAACGAGUCGUCGCAGAAGUCAUUCGAGGAGGCGGAGGAAAACUUCGUGACUUCGAUCCGACAGAUGCUAUCAAAGUCUAACGCCGACUUCCAAGCCGAAAUGAAAGAGAAGCAAGAAUCGCUCGACAAAACCCACGCCGCUCUUAGAGAAUCUAGUGCAUCUCUGAAAGAGGAAAAGGCGCGACUCGAGCGGUUACGCGCGAGAGCACGUGAGCAAGAAGAGCUCGAGCAGAAAAUCAAGAACCACCGACGCGUACAAGCCAGCUUACAGAAAGACGUCUCGCCGACAAGUCCCCUCGGAACUGCACCCGUCCAGAUCGGCGAAGCUGACAAAGGCCUCGACCUGGACGGCCGACUACAACACAUCGACCAAGUCUUCCCCGGCGGCGCCCACGAUCCCAGCAUACCGCUGAGCCAAGACCAAGUCAAUUUUGUUGCUGGACUGGAGCGGGCGCCUGUGUUGGCUGGCCGCGUCAAUGCUUACCGCGAGCACAAUGCCAAGCUUGAGCAGCAGGCACGAGAACUACGCGCGAGAAGCAGUGAGCUGGAGGAGAAGUAUAGGAAGAUUAUUGUGCUUUGUACCGGAGCGAAUGAGAGUCAGGUGGACGAGUUGCUCGAUAAUUUGGUGCAGGCUGUGAUCAGUGAGCAGAAGGAGAUGGGUGAUGGGAAUGAGCUGUCAAGAGUGCGCAAUUUCUUGCGUCUCGUGCAGAAUAACCAGGAGUAG